AUGCCAGAUCUUAAUCUUAAGAAAUCUUGGAACCCUAAACUUUUAAAGAACAGGGCAAAAGUCUGGAAACGAGAACAGGAAGUCCUACAGAGAUACAAGAAGUCUAGAGAAAGGGAACUACAAAUCCAAGAGCAACAAGAUAGAAGCAAUCUUCUCCAACUAAAUUCCUUGAAAAAAGGGGAAACUCCUAAUCAAAUAGAUGCAGAAAACAACUACAAGACCGGAUGGAUAUAUAAAAAUGAAUUAAAGAAAAACGAAAGUACCCAAAGCACGGGAUCUUCGAGAGAAGAUAUUAUGCUUGGAAGAAAGAGGUUGGAUGAAAUGCUAAAGAAUAAAAAAGAGCGGGUCGUAGUUAAAUGUCGGUUUGAUGAUGUCGUAAAUGCAUUUAAUAUAAACGAUGUCAAAAAGUCGGAUGAGGGAAAGACGGUAGAUAAAGAAGAUCCUCUGUACAAGAUACAAAUGGCACAACAAAAUAGUUAUCACAGAAGUAAGAGAAAUUCAAAAAUCUACAAACCUAUUUUAGAUGAGCAUCGAUAUCGUCAUCAGCAUCAUCAUCAUCAUCAUCAUCAUCAUCAUCAACGUGGCUAA